AUGGAUCCCUUUUCCAUCUACUUGGUCCGGCGCUUGGGCAUGAGGGCCUUGCGGAUGGAGGUUGUAGUUUUGCCUCGGCUGAAGCUGGCUCUGCCCAGGGAGAUGGUGGUCUUGCCUCUGGUUAUGGUUCUCUGUGAAGAGACGUUGUUGGAAAAGUACACUGCAGAGCCUAUCGAUGACUCAUCGGAGGAGUUCAUCAACUUUGCAGCAAUUUUGGAGCACAUCCUCAGUCAUCGUUUCAAAGGUCCAGGUGGUUGGUUCAGUUCAGAUGGCCAAAGGAGUUUCUGGGACUAUAUCCGUCUGGCCUGCAGUAAAGUCCACAACAACUGCAUCAGUAGCAUUGAGAGCAUUGAGAACAUUAGCACAUCACGAGCAAAGGGACGAGCCUGGAUUCGUGUAGCUUUGAUGGAGAAGCGUUUGUCUGAAUAUGUAGCCACUGCAUUGAGAGACACUCGGACAACCAGGAGAUUUUAUGAUGAUGGUGCCAUAAUGCUCAGGGAGGAGGCUACUGUUCUGACAGGGAUGCUAAUUGGACUCAGUACCAUUGACUUCAGUUUCUGUCUAAAAGGAGAAGUUUUGGAUGGAAAGACACCUGCAGUGAUUGACUACACACCUUACCUAAAGUUCACCCACAGCUAUGACUACCUGAGUGAUGAAGAAGACCGCCUCAGUGUGGACAGCAGUGCCAGUGAUGAGGAGUGUAGGAGGCAUCCUUACAUUCCUUUGGUCACAGAUGAAGAGACCUGGAGCAACAAAUGCCGAAAGAUGGAGCAAAGAUUCAAAAUCAUCCAUGCCCAAAAGGUUUAUUUAGAGGAAUUGGUCCGCUUGAGGGAAUCCCAGCUGAAAAAUGUAGAAACCGAGAACAAGCGGCUUGAUGCUAAACUAGAGGAACUACAGGUCCAGAGUCAACACAGGAGAAGAAGGAACUGGAGGCCAUUAUACUAUGAGCUUCAAGCUCAACUCACUGGCAUCAUUCCUUGUGAGUCCUCUCAUUUGGUACAAGGACUGUCUAUUCCACUCAUUAACCAAUGGACAACUGCACAAGCCGCCAACAACCAAGGAAAUGUAAAGCUGUUCCGUCGGAGAAGUUUUCACAGUUUGGACCUCUCAGUUGAUGUGAGUUUGAACUCUGACUCUCAGAAGGAAGACAGCAAUCAGAAUGGAGACUCAGCGUGGUCAGCAGCUAAAGACAACACUCCCUCUAUGCUCGGUCUAUGUGGUUCUUUGGCUUCUCUACCCAGCUGUAAGUCACUGGCAAGUCUCAAGUCCAGUGAGUAUUUGGUCAACAUCAGCACAGAGCCAAGUCCUGCCCUGUCUCCCAGCUAGGGGGCGCCAAAUUAUGAGCUGAAACAAUAUACAAGGUGUUUUAUCUAAAUUUGGUUUUUAUGAAGUGUGAGAUCUUAAAAAUCCAUGAAUGACAAACCCUCCUGCACUCUCUUAUUUUCCUAUCUUUACUUUCCAAUUUGUUAUUCACUCUUUGUCUUCCACUCUUCAGUACAGUCUUCAUCGGCAUGUUUGAGAUUCAUUCCCUGAGCCUGAUAUUAGAGCCCAAAGGCACAGCAGCUUAUCUCCGUUAGCUCUGAACCUAUUAGUCCUUGAAUUCCCAGCACCAAAGGCACAAGUAGAUCAAAGUGAUACACAAAACUCAAGACUUGGGCAGUUGUUCAGUAUACAUUAUUCAUCUAAAAUAAACAUGAACAUACAGAGUAGCACAUCUGGUCAUGUUACCCACAGUCAAAUCUCUGAUUUAGAUGUAUUGCCUUAUUCAUAUGCUAAUUAGCAAAAGAUACAAGGGAAUGAAAGUGAGAGACCAGGGAGGGAAGUGGACAAAAGCUGUUGCCUGUGUCUGCAUGUGAAAUGCACUAUAUUCAGGCUGUAUUUGCCUCUGCUGACUUGAUGUACUUGCUCCUUUGACAGUUAUAUGAUGUGACUGGAAGUAACUGCAAGUGUUGUCAGCUAAACUCAAAUCUUUUGUCAUAUUUCUCUUAUUGGUGUUGCUUCAUUUCUUGUUUGCUCAGUUACAUAAUUGUAUAUUUUGUUAUG